CCGGCGCCCGCCGCUCCCGGGGCUCGGCGCGGGCCUGGGGAAUCGGGAGCCCGCCGCCGGGGUCGCAGCAUGGGGCGUUUUCGCGGGGGCCUGCGGUGCAUCAAGUAUUUGCUGCUCGGCUUCAACCUGCUGUUCUGGCUAGCCGGAUCGGCCGUUAUUGCAUUUGGACUAUGGUUUCGAUUUGGAGGUACCAUAAAGGAUUUAUCAUCAGAGGAGAAGUCCCCAGAGUAUUUCUAUGUGGGGCUGUAUGUGCUGGUUGGAGCUGGAGCCCUAAUGAUGGCUGUGGGUUUCUUCGGGUGCUGUGGAGCCAUGCGUGAGUCACAGUGUGUGCUCGGAUCUUUUUUUACCUGUCUGCUGGUGAUAUUCGCUGCUGAAGUAACCACUGGAGUGUUUGCAUUUAUAGGCAAGGAUGUAGCUAUACGACACGUACAGAGCAUGUAUGAGGAGGCCUACAGCGAUUACCUUAGGGACAGGGGAAGGGGAAACGGAACUCUUAUUACCUUCCACUCAGCGUUUCAGUGCUGUGGAAAAGAAAGCUCUGAACAAGUCCAGCCCACGUGUCCAAAGGAGCUUCCAGGCCACAAGAAUUGCAUCGACAAAAUUGAAACCAUAAUCAGUGUUAAGCUCCGGCUCAUUGGAAUUGUUGGUAUUGGAAUUGCGGGUCUCACGAUCUUUGGCAUGAUAUUCAGCAUGGUGCUCUGCUGUGCAAUACGGAACUCACGCGAUGUGAUUUGAAGAUACUUCACGAAAAUUGCAAUCUAGAGUGUUCGUGCUAAUUAUCACAAGAGCUCGUGGCUCAUUUUUAAUAUUCAGGAUAUUAGAAGCUAAAAUAAUUUUCUGUCAACUGUAUAUUUGCACAUGUAUGUAUGUUUGAUUCAUUACUGAUUUGCUCCUGGAGUGAAUGUUUCUGUGUUUCUGGAUAUGCAUUGCACAUACUGAUAGCUGUUUCCUGGGAAACCCUAGUUCUUGUAUGCAAGAAUAACCUAUUUAAUUGCCAGAAAAAGUAAUGAGAGAUAUUUAAAACUUGGCUAUUCAGGAAAUGUAAUAAUGGGUCCAUUUCUCAGAUUUUAGCCAUGAAAAUGAGAUACAUAAAGAGAAUGCAGGAUUUCUAGUUAAUGGAAGCAAUAAGAUAUAAGAAUUGAAGGGCCAUAGAUUGACUGUGUCUGAGUUGAGUGUAACGGUUUCUUAAAAAAAAAAAAAAUUCUCCCCAGAAUACAGUAAACCACAGUUUCAGAACUAAACACAUCUGUAAAAGUAAAUAUAGCAUGGAAAAAUAUAAUUUGAAAAAGUCAUGCUUUCUUAGCGUUUAAAAACAAAAAACCUCUCUCUGGAAAGAGAAGUCACAUAGACAAGCAUGUGCCCCAUAAAAGCGAGUGCUUUUAGGACUAAAAAUAACAACUUUUAAGGGGGAAAUGCUGUUAUCCAAUGGCAUGUAAAUGUUGCUUUAGCCCUUUUCUCUCCUGACUGUGCUUUGAACUGCUGGAAGCCUCACCUUCCCACAAGGGCUUUCCCUCAUACUUCUCCAGAUGUGGUGACAGAGGAAAGCAAGAACUGUGCAGUGUGACAGUGGGGGACCUCGCUGCACUGUACCUCUGGAAUACCUCGUAGCUUGAGUUUACAUACUUUCCUCAUUGUUUUCCAUUUUUCUUAUUUAUCAGUGCAGAGAAUUCUUCAUAGAUUAAGAAUACAGUUUUAUUCUUUAAAAUAAGUAGACCCCCUGUAACUCAGAUGUAUGUUAUGAGUACCCUGACUAAACCAAGAUAAACACCUUCUUCAAUAUGUAUACACGCAACAAAGGCAAGUUAAUGAAUCCAAAAUGUUUCAUGCAUACAGCUACAGCACAAAUAUAUUCUUUCUUAGCAAAUCCCUGUGGGAAUAAUUGCUCAGGCUCUGUGGAUACCUGAGUGAUUGAUUUUAAGUGGGGAAACCCACAGCGGGGUCUAAAUUGGCAUGUUUUUUUAGAACAGAACAGCUUGUUAAAGGAUAUAAAUUGUGAAUUCUUAAGAUUGUAUUUGACCACACGAAAAAUGAAGGUGUGAGGGAUUCUGGAAACCAUGAGGGAAGCUUCUGUGCCCGCUAAGAGCAUAAGACUUUGAUGUGUGCUAGAACAAAGUACCAUGUUUCAGGAAACUUUUACAGGUGUUUUGCUGAGGACACACAACUGCUGGGAUGUCUCGCCCACAGAGUGCCACCUCUCUCUUCAGAUAUGCUUGCUACUGCUCCUAGCUUUGGAGAAAAACUGAGGGAGUUAAAAGUGUAACUGUGUUUGACUACUUUACCUACAGACGCAAAAGAGUAUUUAAAAAACAUCACUUCAUGAUGUUUGUACCCCAGUGGCUGACAAAGGCCAGCUUUUCAGGCAGACAAAGAGCGAUCAGUCCUUCUUUUAGCUUUAGUCUAUCUGUCUUCCUGAAGACAGAGGACAGGCUCCAGAGUGUACUCAGGUUCUCCAGCUCAGAGUUAUGUCCCGUUCCUCAGAAGUGAGUUUCGUUCCUCAGUGAGUGAGUGAGUUUAAAGAAAACCACAGUAACUAUAAUAAUAGUUAUAAACCACAGAAGAAUAAUUUUUUAAUGCAGAGGAAUAAGUCUAGAAAUCCGUAUCCUGUGUGAUUAGUGUACCUCUCUGAGGGUUAAGCUUUCCAAAGAAUGUACUGGGUAAAAAUAGAGAAUUCCAUCUCUGAGUGAAGAUGGAUAUAUAUCUUUAUGUGAAUGGAUAAAGCUAUAUCUGUAGAGAUAUAUAACCCCUCUGUCCUGAACCUAUACAUACCUUAAAUACGUAUCUCUUAAGGAUAUAUACAUAUGUAACUUAAUACAUGUGUGCCUGGUGGAAACUAUGGAGAUAAAUGUUUGUAUACAUACACAUGUACAUGUAUGUAAAUUUACAGUUAUUUCUGUUUACCUGAACUAAUUUGAGAUCAGACCCAAACAUUUUAAGUUAUUUUAAAUUAAAUUUUCUAUGUACUUACACUGUU